CUGUGUACGUCGGUUGCCGUAACAACGGGAAGUGGAGUCCAUCCGCGAUGGCCUCUAACUUUAAGAAGGCAAACGUGGCAUCAACUGCCCAGCGAAAAAGGAUGAGUCCUAAACCGGAGCUUACUGAAGAGCAGAAACAGGAAAUUCGAGAAGCCUUUGAUCUCUUUGAUGCUGACGGAACUGGGACAAUUGAUGUUAAGGAACUUAAGGUGGCAAUGAGGGCACUGGGCUUUGAACCCAAGAAAGAAGAGAUCAAGAAAAUGAUAAGUGAAAUUGAUAAGGAAGGGACAGGGAAAAUGAACUUUAGCGACUUUUUGACUGUGAUGACUCAGAAAAUGUCUGAGAAAGAUACCAAAGAAGAAAUCCUGAAAGCUUUCAAGCUCUUCGAUGAUGAUGAAACUGGGAAGAUAUCGUUCAAAAAUCUAAAACGUGUGGCCAAGGAGUUGGGUGAAAACCUCACCGAUGAGGAGCUGCAGGAAAUGAUUGAUGAGGCCGAUAGAGAUGGAGAUGGAGAAGUCAAUGAGCACGAGUUCCUGCGCAUCAUGAAGAAGACCAGCCUUUAUUAAGAUCAGUGUCAUCUGUUAUAACGCGAGCACGUGGAACUCGAUUUCGUGCCUGCUGUUGUCUGAAGCCUGGUUUUUGAGAACGUAAAUUAUUUUUCCCCCACUGACCUCUCUGUAUGACUUUAGUAAUAACUCUGAAUCUAUUUUCAACUUUUGAAAGUGUUCUUUGAAACUGAGGUUCUUUGCAAGGUGACCUACUGACUGCUUUAAUUCCCCAGGGCAGCACGAGAGCACGUUAGAGUGGAGAAGAGGGUCUUUGAGCUUUUGCACACCUGCUGUUCUGCCUUGUGUCGCUUAACUCUUGUCCCGCAUUCCCACAUUGAUGCCACCGCAGAGCAACUUCUUCACAGGCACACGUUGUACUUGUGUCACCACAAGCAGGGGGCAUCUCUUCAAUGGUUCCAAUUUUAACUGGCACCUGAGUGCAGCUUUCUCUCUCUCUCUUUUUUUUUUUUUUUUUUUUUUUUGCGGUACGCGGGCCUCUCAUUGUUGUG